UGGGAAGACCUUGGCCUGGACAAACAGAGGCUCCUGAGGAGGCCGUGGGCAGGCCCAGCACUACCUGCUGCUUCACCAGGAUGUCCAGGGCGGAGGCCCCCCGUAUGGCCAACGGGCAGAGCUGCGGCAGCGGUGGCGAGGCUGAGGAGGCAGAGCCAGAGGGCAUGCUCAAGGCCCCCAAGGCCACCAAGAGGAAAAGCGGGUACCACCUCCGCCUGGCACCCCUGUGGCUGGCCCUGGUCCUGCUGGCCCUGGUGGGGUUCCUGCUCUGGUAUUUCCUAGGGUACAAGGCGGAAGUGACGGUUAGCCAGGUGUACUCCGGCAGCUUCCGCGUGCUCAAUCACCACUUCUCCCAGGACCUGACCCGCCGGGGUUCCAUCGCCUACCGCAGGGAAAUCGCCAAAGCCCAGAAGAUGCUCCAGGCACUUAUCGCCAGCACCCGCCUGGGGCCUUACUACAACUCCAGCUCCAUCUACUCCUUUGGGGAGGGCCCCUUGACCUGCUUCUUCUGGUUCAUCCUGCAAAUCCCUGAACACCAGCGGCCAUUGCUGAGCCCCGACGUGGUACGGGCACUGCUGGUGGAGGAGCUGCAGUCCUCCGGGAACGGCUCAGCCACAGCGCCCUACCUGGCUGACUACGAGGUGGACGCCGAGGGCCUGGUCAUCUUGGAGGCCAGCGUGAAAGACCUGGUUGUUCUGAAUUCCACGCUGGGCUGCUACCGCUACAACUACGUGGGCCAGGGCCAGGUGCUCAAGCUGAAGGGGCCGGACAGAGAAGCCCACAACUGCCUGUGGCACCUGCAGGGCCCCGAUGACCUCAUGCUCAAGCUUCGGCUGGAGUGGGUUGUGACCAAUUGCCAGGACCGGCUGGCCAUGUACGAUGCAGCCGGGCCCCUGGAGAAGAGGCUCAUCACUUCGUGGUACGGCUGCAGCCGGCAGGAGCCGGUGGUGGAGGUGCUGGCGUCGGGCUCCAGCAUGGCUGUGGUCUGGAAGGUGAGCGUGCGCAGCACCUUCAACCUCUUCUUGCUCUCCGCACAGUCGGUGGCCUUCCAGGCCUGCGAGGCGAACCUGACCCUGGAGGACCGGCUGGACCUGCAGGGCGUGCUCAGCACUCCAUACUUCCCCAGCUACUACUCGCCCAGCACCCACUGCUCCUGGCACCUCACGGUCCCUUCUCUGGACUACGGCCUAGCCCUCUGGUUUGAUGCCUACGCCCUGCGGCGGCAGAAAUAUGACCUCCCGUGUACUCAGGGCCAGUGGACAAUCCAGAACAGGAGGCUGUGUGGCCUGCGUACCCUGCAGCCCUACGCAGAGAGGAUCCCUGUGGUGGGCACCGCCGGCAUCACCAUCAACUUCACCUCCCAGAUCUCCCUCACUGGGCCCGGCCUGCAGGUGCGCUACGCCCUGUACAACCAGUCGGACCCCUGUCCUGGAGAGUUCCUCUGCUCUGUGAAUGGGCUCUGUGUGGCUGCCUGCGACGGGAUCAGAGACUGUCCCAACGGCCUGGAUGAGAGGAACUGCGGGGUGCCUUGUGGCACGUUCACCUUCCAGUGUGAGGACCGGAGCUGUGUGAAGAAGCCCAACCCAGAGUGUGACGGGCAGCCGGAUUGCAGGGAUGGCUCGGACGAGAAGGACUGUGACUGUGGCCUCCAGGGCCCCUCCAGCCGCAUCGUGGGUGGCGCUGUGUCCUCAGAGGGCGAGUGGCCAUGGCAGGCCAGCCUCCAGGUGAAGGGCCAGCACAUCUGUGGGGGGGCCCUCAUCGCCGACCGCUGGGUGAUCACGGCUGCCCACUGCUUCCAGGAGGACAGGAUUGCCUCGCCAAACGUGUGGACCGUGUACCUGGGCAAGGUGUGGCAAAAUUCGCGCUGGCCCGGCGAGGUGUCCUUCAAAGUGAGCCGGGUGCUCCUGCACCCCUACCACGAAGACGACAGCCACGACUACGACGUGGCGCUGCUACAGCUCGACCACCCGGUGGUGCGCUCGACCACUGUGCGCCCCGUCUGCCUGCCCGCGCCCUCCCACUUCUUCGAGUCCGGCCUGCACUGCUGGAUCACCGGCUGGGGCGCCCUGCGCGAGGGCGGCCCCACUAGCAAUGCUCUGCAGAAGGUGGACGUGCGGCUGAUCCCCCAGGACCUGUGCAGUGAGGCCUACCGCUACCAGGUGACACCCCGCAUGCUGUGCGCCGGCUACCGCAAGGGCCGGAAGGACGCCUGUCAGGGUGACUCGGGCGGCCCCCUGGUGUGCAGGGAGCCCAGCGGGCGGUGGUUCCUGGCUGGGCUGGUCAGCUGGGGCUUGGGCUGUGGCCGCCCCAACUACUUCGGCGUCUACACCCGCAUCACAGGUGUUGUUGGCUGGAUACAUCAGGUGCUGACUUGAGAGGCAGCCCCCUGGAAGAGCUGGGGCCCACCCCCGGGACCAGGCAGGGGAACAAGUAUUCUGGGGGGCAAGCAACCCCCAUCAGCUCCCUGAUGUCUGCUCUUGGGAGAACAUGAGGAGAGAGCGACCCACUGAUGGCCAGGACUCAGCCCAGGGCGUGGAUAGCAGGCCUGGCUGGGGGUUGCUUCCAGCCCCGUGUCUUCUCCCUCCACACCCCCAAAGUCUUCUGAGUCCCCUCCUCCCUCUCAUCUGUCCACCUCUGUUCACCAAGUGGUGUCUCAUAAGACCCCGGCUCUCAUAAGCACUUCCAGCAGAGCUGACCAGAAAGGUGGGGCUGGGAGGUGUCCCAGAGGAAGGGGCCCUCAAGAUAGCCCCACAGGCCAGCCGCCACCAACGCCAAAGGUCAGGACCCCAUGUCCAGGGUCCUCGCCCCACCUCUACCUGUCCCCCCGAGUCUCUGCAGCCCAGGCUCACCUGAGGCCAGCUUGGCCAUCCUGGGGAAUAAAGUCACCUGACCAGA